AUGCCUCAGGAUACUCCAGUUAGCCGCCGUGCUGCCUCGAAUAGAACACCUCGGUCCAUUGAAGCUAGGAGACGUAAAAAGUUGGCCAACAUUGCCAAUCGGGAAAAUAUACCCAUGAUGACCUCCACACCCAUGGUUAAUCGUCAACUCAAUAGCCCCUUGGUAUUGACUCCAUUGGCGGAUAUUUUAAAUAUUACUCCGGAAACGGUUAACAGUCCACCACAAAGGAGAAGGGUGAGCCGACAAACUGUGGCCCCAGUUAACCAACAGCCAAGGCCCUCAACCAUGGGCUUGACCCUGCCAGCCGGUGAGGUACCCAACUAUGCCACCACUUUGCCAAAAUUCGAAGAGGAAUAUUCUCCCAACAGCAUGUUCACCGGCCAGGAGUUGGCCUUAAGGGGCCUUUUGCCUGAUCCCUUCAUGGCCAAGCGUCGUUACUUCAGCACCCCUGAAGUGGCUCGGCAGCAAGAGGUUAAACAAAUCGCCCCAAAGGCCUUGCCAAAGAAACGUAAAUUGGAAUUUGACUUUUUGGCCAUUGCUCAGGAGGAGGAAGAAGGAACUAAAGUGUGUGCUAAAAAUACCACCGGCAUUCUCUCCAAUCGCAUGGGUGAUCAAACCUUGGAUAAUCUAAUUGAUGCCAUUUUGGAUUCGGCCCGCAAAGAAGAAAAGAAAAAGAAGACUAAUUUCACCUUGAGAAAGAGGGCCUUGAUGAAAAACCAAGUGGCCACGGUGAAUGAUUUCAUUUUGUCGCCUUCAUAUGCCGCUGGGGAUGAUCCCUGCAGUGAUUUAAGUUUUUUGGGUGUGGAAAAGAAAUCUUUUGUUUGUCCCAAAACCCCAAAGCCAGCCUCUCCAAUACAGAUGGCCAACACAACACCCUCACCAGCUACCCCCAAUCCUGGUCAAAAAUUCAGUACCUCCGAACUUUUACAAUUGCCAACACCAACUCAAAAUAAACAACAGGACUCCUUUGAAUUGGCCACACCCCUACCAAGGCCUAAUCUGAAGAGGAGGUCCACAGCCGAGGCCUGUCAAAAUUCCAGUGCCAAAAAAUAUAAAGUGGACUCAUCCAACUAUUUUGAGGUUGGCUUGGCCCUGACAUGUAUUUAUGUUUAA